AUGGGGAAGAUGGGUUUCCUGGAUGUCAAAAUGACAACAUUUAUGGGAAGGGAGCUGGAGUACGCCAUCUCAGCCCUGGUUAAACAGUCUCCUGAUAGCACUGUCCAAUGUCUAGAUGGCAACAAACCUUGUGAGAAUGGUGGGACCUGUGUUGUUUACUCCAAUGGUAUUGCUGCUUGCCUAUGCCAGCCUGGUCUGAUUGGAGAACACUGCCAGUUUCAAGAUCCAUGUCACCAGUCACCCUGUGCCAAUGGGGGCUCAUGUGAAAGCACCUUGCGUGAUGGCACUGUGCACUACCAAUGUACCUGUCCCAAGGGCUUCCGAGGUCAGGACUGCUCUCUGUUUGAUGCAUGCGCCAGCAAACCAUGUGUCAAUGGUGGCCGCUGUACUAACUGGAAUGGCCGAUAUAAUUGCACAUGCCCAUCAGGUUAUCAAGGCCGCAACUGUCGGAAUGAUGUAGAUGAAUGUCGGGUAUCUGGUCUUUGUCAGCAUGGUGGCACCUGUCUUAAUACACCCGGCUCCUUCCGCUGUCAGUGUCAAGCUGGUUAUACAGGACAGCACUGUGAGAGUAUCUCUACACCUUGUGCUCCUUCUCAGUGUCUCAACGGGGGCACUUGCCGUCAGACAGGAGAUCUCAGCUAUGAGUGUGCUUGCUUACCCGGUUUUGAAGGACACAACUGUGAAAUUAACAUAGAUGACUGUCCAGACCACAUGUGCAUGAAUGGAGGCACUUGUGUGGAUGGUGUCAACACCUACAACUGCCAGUGUCCUCCAGAGUGGACAGGCCAAUUCUGUACCGAGGACGUGGAUGAAUGCCAGCUGCAGCCCAAUGCUUGCCACAACGGGGGCACUUGCUUCAAUACCAAUGGAGGCCAUUCAUGUGUCUGUGUCAAUGGCUGGACUGGGGAGAGCUGUAGUGAGAACAUUGAUGACUGCCAGACAGCUGUCUGUUUUCAUGGUGCUACUUGCCAUGAUCGUGUGGCAUCCUUCUACUGUGCAUGUCCUAUGGGCAAGACAGGCCUCCUUUGUCACUUGGAUGAUGCCUGUGUCAGUAACCCUUGCCAUGAAGAUGCCAUUUGUGACACCAACCCAAUGAAUGGCCGUGCAAUUUGCACCUGCCCACCAGGUUUUACUGGUGGAGCCUGUGAUCAAGAUGUGGAUGAAUGCUCCAUCGGAGCUAAUCCGUGUGAGCAUUUUGGCAAAUGUGUGAACACCCAAGGCUCCUUCCAGUGCCAGUGUGGACGUGGUUAUACAGGCCCACGCUGUGAGACAGACAUCAAUGAAUGCCUCUCCAUGCCUUGCCAGAAUGAUGCCACCUGCCUUGACCGUAUUGGAGAGUUUACAUGCAUCUGCAUGUCAGGUUUCAGUGGUACUUACUGUGAAAUAAAUAUCAAUGAGUGUGAAAGCAAUCCCUGUGUCAAUGGGGGUGUCUGCAAGGAUAUGGUCAAUGGGUUCAGUUGCACCUGCCCCUCAGGCUUCUCGGGUUCUAUGUGCCAAAUAGACAUCGAUGAGUGUGCCAGCACACCAUGUCAAAAUGGUGCCAAGUGCGUGGAUAGGCCCAAUGCUUAUGAAUGCCGUUGUACAGAAGGUUUUGAAGGGGUUUUGUGUGAAAAGAACAUAGAUGACUGCUCCCCAGAUCCUUGCCACCAUGGCACUUGUGUAGAUGGCAUUGCCAGCUUCACCUGUAUAUGUGUGGCUGGUUACACUGGGUAUCGCUGUGAGAACCAGAUCAACGAGUGCCAUAGUAAUCCCUGUCAGCACGGGGGCAAAUGUAUUGACCUAGUAAAUAAGUACCUCUGCCACUGUCAGCCAGGGACCUCAGGUGCUAACUGUGAGAUAAACUUUGAUGACUGCGCCAGCAAUCCUUGUGACUAUGGGAACUGCCACGAUGGCAUCAAUCGUUAUGAUUGCAUCUGCAAACCUGGCUUCACAGGUCCUCUAUGCAAUAUAGAGAUUAAUGAAUGUGCAUCCAACCCUUGCAAGAAUGGCGGUACCUGUGUGGAUGGUGAAGACGGGUUCUCUUGCCUUUGUCCCGAGGGUUUCCAUGAUCCACAUUGCUAUUCAGAAGUGGACGAGUGCAGCAGCAGCCCCUGUGUGCAUGGCACAUGCCAUGAUGACAUCAAUGGGUACCAGUGUAAAUGUGAGCCAGGCUGGGCUGGCACCAAUUGUGACGUGAACCACAAUGAGUGCGAAUCCAAUCCGUGUCAGCAUUAUGGCACCUGCACCGAUUAUGUCAAUGGCUAUCGUUGUAAAUGCAAAGAAGGCUUCCAGGGAACUUAUUGCCAGAUCAAUAUAAACGACUGUGCUUCUAGCCCUUGCCUCAACCAGGGCACCUGUAUUGAUGGCAUUGCCAGUUAUACUUGUCUGUGUGACUUGCCUUACACUGGACGGAACUGUGAGAAUGUUUUGGCUCCUUGCUUCCCUAACCCAUGUGAGAACAAUGGUGUUUGUGACCAUACACCUGAUUAUGAAGGGUUUACUUGCAGUUGUGGACCAGGCUGGCAAGGGCAGCAAUGCCACAUUGACAUUAAUGAAUGUGACCAGAACCCAUGUCGAAACAGGGGCACUUGCACCAACACACUCGGCAGCUAUAGAUGUGCCUGCCGCCCUGGCUACACUGGCAUCAACUGCGAGAUGGAUAUUGAUGAUUGCACACCUAAUCCUUGCCUGAAUGGUGGCGCCUGUCAGGAUGGCAUCAGUUCCUUCACAUGCACCUGCCUGCCAGGUUUCACAGGACCGCGCUGUGCAACUGAAACCAAUGAGUGCCUCAGCAACCCCUGCCGCAAUGGGGCCACCUGUACCGACUAUGUCAACAGCUACACUUGUACUUGUUCCCCAGGCUGGGCUGGCUUACACUGUGAGCACAAUGUGCAGGAGUGCACUGACAGCUCUUGCUUCAAUGGCGGAACGUGCUUGGAUGGAGUGAAUUCAUACACCUGCCACUGUCGUGCUGGCUUCACAGGCACCCACUGCCAGCAUGAGAUUGAUGAGUGCCAGUCACAGCCCUGUCUCAAUGGUGGGGUGUGCCAUGACGGUGUCCAGUCCUAUCGUUGCACCUGUCCUCAGGGCUAUACAGGUCCUCAGUGCCAGAACCUUCUGGAUUUGUGUAGCCGUUCCCCCUGUCAAAACGGUGGGCACUGUGUACAGUCGGGUGCUACUUUAUCCUGUGAUUGCCCUGGAGGCUGGACUGGCCGUUACUGUGACAUCCCAAAUGUUUCUUGUGACGUGGUGGCAAGGAACCGAGGUGUGACCAAGGAACAAGUGUGCCAUUAUGGAGGCCGUUGUGUGGAUGCUGGCAAUACACACUACUGUAUUUGCAAGAAGAGCUACACUGGCAGCUACUGUGAGAGUGAGGUCAAUCACUGCCAGCACAGCCUAUGUCGGAAUGGGGGCACCUGCCGUAGUUUUGUGGGAGGUUAUGCCUGUGAGUGUCCUCUAGGUUUUGAGGGGAAAAACUGUGAAUUUGAUAUUGAUGAAUGUCAGUCACACCCAUGCCAGAAUGGCGGGACUUGCAUUGACCUCACUGGUCGCUACAUUUGUUCCUGCCCACCAGGAACACUAGGUGUCUUGUGUGAAAUAAAUGAGGAUGAUUGUGCCUCGAAUCCUAAUAGCCGUGUCCCCAAAUGCCUGAACAAUGGAACAUGUAUGGACAGAGUGGGUGGUUACCAUUGCAACUGCCCACCAGGCUUUACAGGCGAGCGUUGUGAGGGAGAUAUAAAUGAAUGUCAGUCCAAUCCCUGCCAUCCACGCAACACCCUUGACUGCAUUCAAGAAGCCCGUGACUACCAGUGCAUCUGCAAGCCAGGCUACACGGGUCGCCACUGCAAAAACAUUGUGAAUGCCUGUGAAUCUCAGCCUUGUCAGAAUGGUGGGCAGUGUAAACUAGCCGUGAACUUGCCUCUCAGAUAUACCUGCCAUUGCCCUCGGAGCUACUCGGGCAUCAAUUGUGAGCGCAGUGUGUUAUCUUGCCGAGAACUCUUCUGUUUCAAUGGUGGCAACUGCUGGACUUCAACUCUGGGUGCCCAGUGUUACUGCCUAGCUGGGUGGGCUGGACCCGAUUGUCGCCUCCGUGCCAAUAGCAGUUGCGCGAACCAACCUUGCCACAACGGGGGUGUUUGCCAUGAGAUUGCCACUGCCCCGUACUUUAAGUGCCUCUGCCCUAGUGACUACACAGGUGUUCACUGUAAGACUGCACGCACAGCCCGGCCACCUCUGCUCCACGAGCUCCACUGUCCAUUGGAAGAGUGUGCUGCGAAAGCAGGGGACUCCUAUUGUGACAAGAUGUGCAAUAGCCCAGCUUGUCACUGGGACGGAGGUGACUGCUCUCUUUUGGUGGAUAAUCCUUGGAAGCAGUGUGUGAGCCCUCAGUGCUGGCAGUACUUCAACAACAGUCAGUGUGAUGAACUCUGCAACACCGCUGAGUGUCUUUAUGAUAACUUUGACUGCAAGAAUCGUGAGCGCACCUGCAAUCCUAUUUAUGAGAAAUAUUGCUCAGAUCACUUUGCUGAUGGGCAUUGUGACCAAGGCUGUAAUAAAGAAGAGUGUGGCUGGGAUGGGCUGGAUUGUGCCCGGGAAGUGCCUGAGCACUUGGCAGAGGGUAUUCUAAUCAUCACCGUGCUGCUGCACCCGGAUGAACUGCUCCGCACCAGCACCAUCUUCCUGCAGAAGCUGAGUCCCUUGGCCACUUUCUCUAGGUCUGAGGUUACCCUGGAGAUUGACAACCGUCUUUGCUACCAAGCUUCAAACAAAUGCUUCCCUGAUGCCGUAAGCGCUGCGGAUUACCUUGCUGCCCUGUCGGCAGUAGAGCGUCUAGAGUUUCCAUAUCCACUCAAAGCCGUGAAAGGUGUAAAAGAUGAUUCCUACCCAGACCCAUUCAAGUUAUUGCCACUGGUGGUGGUGGCAGCCCUCAUUCUCCUCGUGAUCCUGGUACUGGGUGUGCUGGUGGCCCGGCGUAAAAGAGAACACAGCACCCUCUGGUUCCCUGAAGGUUUCAGUCUGAAGAAAGAGAGUAGCAACAAGAACCGGCGUGAGCCUGUGGGUCAGGAUGCCCUGGGCAUGAAGAAUAUUGGCAAAGGGGAGAGCCUGAUACCAGACAGCUCAGAAGACUGGCUGGAAGCCGAAUGCCCAGAGGCCAAGCGUCUUAAGGUGGAAGAGCCAGCCCUGGACUGUGAAGACCCAGUGGAUUGCCGACAAUGGACACAGCACCAUUUGGUGGCAGCAGAUAUUCGUAUGCCUCCAUCUAUGGCCCUGACACCACCCCAGGGUGAAUUUGACACUGACUGCAUGGAUGUCAAUGUCCGUGGGCCAGAUGGUUUUACCCCACUUAUGUUGGCCUCUUUUUGUGGUGGCGGCAUGGAGACUGAUCUGGCUGAGGAAGAGGAAGCAGAUGACUCCUCGGCCAACAUUAUCUCAGACCUCAUCUGCCAGGGGGCUAACUUGAGUGCCCAAACAGACCGCACAGGGGAGACUGCACUACAUUUGGCUGCAAGGUACGCCCGGGCUGAUGCUGCCAAACGCUUGCUGGAUGCCGGUGCCGAUACCAAUGCGCAAGAUAACACAGGACGUACCCCACUUCACGCUGCUGUGACUGCUGAUGCCCAAGGAGUCUUCCAGAUCCUGAUCCGGAAUCGAUCUACAGAUUUAGAUGCUCGAAUGGGAGAUGGUUCAACUGCACUGAUCCUGGCAGCAAGGUUAGCUGUUGAAGGCAUGGUGGAAGAAUUGAUCGCCUGUCAUGCUGACGUCAAUGCCGUGGACGAAUUGGGAAAAUCAGCCCUGCACUGGGCAGCAGCUGUCAAUAAUGUAGAGGCUACAAUUGCUCUGCUAAAGAACGGGGCCAACAAGGACAUGCAAGACAGCAAGGAGGAAACACCGCUGUUUCUAGCAGCUCGGGAGGGCAGUUACCAGGCAGCCAAAAUUCUACUGGAUCACUUUGCCAACCGUGAGAUCACUGACCAUAUGGAUCGACUGCCACGUGACGUGGCUCAGGAGCGCUUGCACCACGAUAUUGUUCGACUUUUGGAUGACUACAACACUGUCCGUAGCCCACAGGGAGCCCUGCCUGCUGGUCACUCUCUCUCCCCUCUCAUGUGCCCUCCCAAUAGCUUCUUACCUAGCCUGAAGCCCACUCCGCAGGGCAAGAAGAGCCGUCGGCCUAGCACAAAGAAUGUGACAGCAGGAAGCAGUGCCAGUCUGGCACGGGAGAGCAAAGAGGCCAAGGCGCGUGCCAAGAAGCUCAAUUUGGAGUGUCAAGGCUCUCUCCUGGAGAGCUCUGUCACCCUGUCUCCUGUCGACUCACUGGACUCUCCCUAUGUGCCUAACCCAGCCUCACCUGGGGUCUUUCACGCCGCCAGUGCCUCAAUGUCAGUGCCCUCUACCCCCAUGGUCCAUGGCAUGAUGGACCCACCCUUUGCCGUCAGUUUGGCACGCCUUAGCGACCUAGGGGACGGCACCUUGCUGUCCAUGAACCGCCUCUCUGUGCCACCUGGCCGCAUGGGGCUUAGUCUGGGCAUGGUGAGCCCUGUGGCCAUGCCUUUUGAGUGGCGUGCCCGUGUUCCCACUUCCCAGUGCCAACCCAUCAUAGGGGUGGUCCACCCUGCCGCUUCCCAUCCCAACCUGCACCAGUCUGGCCAAGCUUUCCCACCAGGAUUGCUUCUGUCUAACCACAUGGCCAUGGGGCACGGCUCUCAGGGCUUGCCCAACCCAGCUCCAGCCCAGGCCAAGGAAGCUCCCCAGCCCAUGCCUCCGCCAGCAGCCGCUGUGCGCAGUAACCAACCUGUCUCACCCCAAGAGGGUCAGGGGGCACCUCCACGCGGAGGGCCCCCACCAUACCUAAAGGCAGCAGGGGUAGAGGAUUAUCCAACCCCGCCGUCACAGCACAGUUACACGCAGGGGCAAGACGCGACACCCAAGCACUUCCUUCACCCUCCCAGUGAGCACCCCUACCUGACUCCUUCACCAGAGUCCCCGGAGCAGUGGAGUAGUCCCUCACCUCACUCCUUGUCUGACUGGUCUGAGUCCACACCCAGCCCAACUGUAUUAGGGCCAAGUCACACUCAGCUUCCUUCAGCAGAGCCCGCUGCUAAAAUGCAGGUGUUCGCGUGAGGAGCUUCCCUGUGAAACACAUCCCAGAGGCCUGGGUCCCUCUCUGGCCCCCAUUGGGGCCUGUGCCAGCCUUGGGGUUCUCAUUUCCCCAUAAUUGUGUUUUUAUAAGAAAAAACUAAA